AUGGCAGACCUAGAGAUUGAAGAUAAAGUAUGGGAAUCAGAGGUGAUCUUCAUUGAUUCUCUCAAGCAAGAAGGCACUGUGUACCGCCAUGUGCCAAACCUCAAACUUGACCCUACGGAUAGGGACCCAGAGCCAUUAGGCACAUACUGUCCAGAGGGGGAAUUCUAUGUCAGACUUGUAAGGCGUCAGUGCGAAAGACUUAGCGUGUUGGAAAAGGAGCCGGAACUAUAUUUAUCUGUCCAUUUUCUCAACAUCUGUAUGACUGGUGACAGCAAAACCCACUACCAAUGGCAGGCUUACCGAACACCUCAACACGAUGACGACAUGGUUUUCCAGCCCAUAAAAGGAAUAGACGGCAAUCGCACAGGCUAUUAUCGACCGGUCAAAGAGCUGGAGUAUCGGAAGUGGAAGAGUAUGAUAGAAAGCCCCCCCGUGGGCACUGGUAAGGACACGUUCAGAGGCGGGUAUCAAGUUCCUGCUCGCAGACGAAAUGGCAGGGCGGAGAUGGUCGGGCUGCACAAAAGGUUCACGAGCAUGGCAGAUGCUGAGUUAUGGGCGAGUAUAUUUCGGAGUGCAACAUCACUAUGGAGCAUCAGCAAUGCAGGAGCUGCGUUCCGUGGUAUUGACCCUAAGGGGAUCACGGUCUACAUCCUGCCAAGUUCAAGAGUCAGGGGAAUCGGUGAAGGAGCUAAUAUCACUUGGACCGAUGUGAAAGAUGGAUUCGAGGAAUUGCCCAGCCGUCUGAGCACCAAGUACACUGUUUUGGAAAAUAGUCAGGCUAUUGAAGACAAGGGGUUGGUGUUGUAUUCCAACAAUCCCUUUUUCUACUACAGCUCAUACGUUUCCAAGGAUACCGCAGAGGCAUUUGGAUUAUACUCUUCUCGGCCUCUGAAGCUCUAUACCGACGAGGCAGGUGACAAGCUAGCAGAGAAGAUGGAGCCUCGCCAAUCAGAUGUUAAGAUCCAGAAGAGACUUGCCAGAGAUGGAAUCGUGAUGGAGAGAACUAAUGGAUCUAUUAGCCUUUCGGCUUCCCGUAUGCUGAAGGCUACUUCCAAGCGAAGCGAGACGAGCUCACAAAAGACUGUGAUGGGCAUUUCGGCACCGGAGCUUGCGAGGGACUACCUGGGUUGGGGGAGUCAAAACAAAGACACAUCUAAGAGCGGCCAAGAUAAGCAUACAGCAGAGUGGCUUCAUAUUAGUGCCUUUUCCUUUGGCGGACUGACCGACGGGUCCAAGGCGUGGGAAACGAGCCAAAUCCAACCCAACAUGAUGUUUGGCACGUGGGAAAUGAACUCGUGGAUGCUCAGAUACGAAGCUGCCUUUCAAAGGCUGUUCAAGCUCGAGCGCGACUUCAGAAAACAAGCCGAGGUGGUCGGCCAGUUACGCUUCAAAUCCUUCGAACCUCCUGAGCAAAAUGAAAAGUCUUGGUUCGACAACUGUGACUGGAUCCAUUUCGAAAUACAAUGGAAUCUAGAGAUGAAGGAAAAGUCACAUCUCCUUGAUAAAGACUUGCUAGCUAUGGGCUUGAGGAUCAACCCUUUUAAUAGAUCCUGCUUCACCAAGGGUGAAGCCAUGGUCGACAUCGCCUUGCUCAAAACGAUUUUCAAUCGCAAGGCAGAGGGCGUACUUAGCGCGAUGAAGAAUGAAAGGCUUGGAGCAGAGUCCGUGUUGACCAUUAGUAUGGGAAAGCAAGAUGAUGGGAGGGCCUUUGAGGUGCUUCUAGCAGAUCUUGAAACCCAACUUGUUUUGUCAGGCAACAUCAACCGAUUAGACUCCCCUGACGACCUUCAAUCUCAAUUUACUCAGCCUAGAGACUCUCUCUUUACGGCUGUUAACAAUGAAGCUGUUGAGAUGAAGACCCUGGAGGCACCCGGAAAAGGGGACAUGAUUGUUGUUGGAGGUAUCCCCUUGACCAAUACCAGACUGAUUGUCCUGGAUCACCAGGGCAAGUACGCAAACCUCCCAGUCACUGUUCGGGGUAUUGAUAGCUUUGCCAACGAGGCUGGACUACUGUUGGUACCAGCCGCUCGAGAAGGCCAAAUCACCGUCGCCCAAGCAUCAAAGACGAAGCCUAUCCUCAUAUUAUCCUCGUCUCCACGCCUCGGCAUGGAGGUUAUUGCGCCUUCAAUCGCUACAGUCUCUCAGGUGGCUGAGCUAGCCACUAAAACCUUUAGAGAGGCCGGCGCGUUGCCUGCUGCAGAUUAUGUCCUCCAAGGCGACGUUCAAGGGCUGUUUGGCAUUCCUGGUCUUAGCGGUGAGCUGUUGAGUAUUCAGGGCUCAGGUCCUCAGGACCCAAUACAGGAGAAGGUCAAACCCUACCUCAGCAGCUCUGCUGAUGGUUACAUUGCGACCCUGUUUCCCUCGCUCAACAACGAUAUAAUCCAGAAGUUACCGAUAGAUAACGUUGAGUUUACGUACUCGAACAAGCUCGACGACUUUCAUAACCCGGAGGGACUAUCACUGAACGCUGACAUUACCUUUACGGGGCCGCUAAGUCCUGUAAAAGAGCUACUGCAGUUCAUCUACAGUGGAAACGAAGACAACACGCCACCCACCAAACUUCGUGUCCAGGCGCGACUGAGCCCAGAAAGAAAUUGGCGUGAGCCGCUAGAGUUGAACAACUUUGCCUUGCGAGGCUCCGUCGAUCAAUCGCUUCGGCUUGGAGAUAUUAUAAGGUUCCGGAAGGUCGGCGUAGAAGUGUCUGUAAUCAGCAUUUCAUCGUUUGACAAUGACAAGAACAAGACGACCUGGAAGCUUGGAUAUGGAUUGUGUGGAGAGCUGGAGAUCAGCAAGAUUCAAAAAACCGGUUUGCCACUGACCGUCAAAUACUGGAUGAGAAAGAUUGGCGAUACCUACAGUCUUAGCAUGGCCCUUUCAUCGCACGAAUGGACUUCCGUCUUUGGUAUUGAGAAUCUUGAUGUCACAGGAGUCGAGUUUCAAGCUUCGAUAGACAUUAACAACUUGGAAGAGUCUCUUGUACUAGGUUUCAGUGCAAUGAUGAAGCUUGGCGAUGGGGAUAUCUUCCUGGCAGGGCAGUAUUCAAAAUCGGAAACCUACCUAGAAGCUGAAGUCGGAAACAUGACAUGGGAUGAAAUCGUGAAGGCCUACACCCAAAUCACAGGCAAGUCUGUUGACGCUGCAACAAAUGUCGAUGAGCUGGAGUUCGAGAAUAUGCACAUCAUGAUUUCUACUGCCGGGAUCGAGAUCAGGGGCAAGAUCUGCUUCAACGGCGCAACCAGUGCCGCAGGAUACAUCACGUUUGACAAUGAGGGCCUAUCUAUAGGCGGUGCCAUUGGAAGCUUUCAGGUUCCCGACACGAACAUAGUGAUUGAAGAAGCUGGCCUUGACAUAUUCAUUGGCUCUAGGGGAAGUGACAAGAAAAGCGGUCGAGCUAGUAGGCUAGCACUCAAAGGUCUCGUCCAUUUUCAAGGCAUCAGAGUGGCUGUGGGACUUGAAACCAGCACUGAUGGGUCGCCGAACUCACGGAGAUGGAUUGUCUAUGGUGCCUAUGAAGGUAACCUUCGACUGUCCGCGUUGGAGGCAGCCAAGACUCUCAAAGAGCAUCCAGAUCUGGAUAUUGAACUAAAGUACGUGACUAUCAUAGCAUCCAACAAAAAGGGUAUCUGGACAGAUCCUUUGAGUAAGAGAAAAUACUCUCUUUCUGAUGGGCUCUCGCUCUUUGCACUCAUCGAUCCACUACCAGCAAUCAACAACCUCGCAAGGAACAAGACAGUCGGUGGAUUGACUCUCAUCGCUUCCAUUAGUGCUCAGAGGCUCUCGGUGGAAAUUGAGCUUCCAGACAGUAUCGGUAUAGAUAUGGGCGAUAUUGCAAAGGUCGACCGGUUCUCUGUUGGGCUGGACAUCUCAAGCAAGCCCAAUUUGACGCUCAGCUGUGACUUACGAAUCAACAUAGCUCAACAACCACCGCUGACAUUCCAUUCCAAUCUUAAGGCACUACUACAUGAAGCAAACGGUGAAAUUUACCUUGACCCCGAGGUCCCAUGGAGGAACCCUUUUGGCGUUAGCGAUAAGAUUAUCGUGCAGAAGCUGGGCGGCAGUGUUGCGUUCAGAUAUGCAAGCGUUCUGGUGGAAGGCCCAAGUGAGCUUGCCUUUGGAGGCAUGGUAAAGUGCGGUAAUUUCACGGGAGAAGCUUUUAUUGUCGUGACUAAAUUGCCUACUCGUCAAGUUCUCAAGGUCAAUAUAUCAAACGUCAACGUGAGUGAGCUAAUUAGAAUGGCUGGGGAAAUUGGAGACUUGGACGCACUGCGAAAUAUCAGCGCCGGCGACUUUCUUGUCUUCAAUAAAGCUGAAAUGUACUUCUCUACUGGUAUUGAAGAAGCCCUGGGAGAGGAAUUCCCUGCGGGAAUCUCAGCCAAGGGAGAUGUCACGGUGUUCGGGAAGAGGGCCAACUUCGAGGCAUCACUGGGCUCAGGGGGCUUCGAGCUGAGGGGCGAAGUGGAUGCCUUCAAGAUUGGCCCCCUUGAGGUGCGCUCUGCCAGCGGAAACCCACGAGCGAAGCUUCAAAUUGCCACGACUUCCGAAAAGCAACUGUUGGAGAUUGACGGCUUGGUAAUCAUCGGAGGAGACGAAGGUCUGCAGAUUGGGGCCCUGAUACGAGCUUCCUUAAAUCCAGUAGUCUUGGACGUCUGGGUCUUUGUGAGCUUUACAGACCAGAUCAAGUUUGAUCUAAGAGCCGUGGCCACAAACGUGGCGAACCUCAAGGACCUCUCACAAGCAAAUGUGAACUUCACUCUCACUCUCAACACUGAAAUCUUGGAGCUUUUCUACAACGGUAUCCUCGACUUCUUAGCAGAGCUGCAAAAUAUAGCCACAGCAUCAACAGAGGCGCUCGAGUUUGUGCUUCAGAAGAGGAGGAACGAGAUUUCUGACGAGGUCAAGAUUAAGAAGAAGCAAAUUAGUGCUCUGAAGACCAGAAUCGUGGAAGAGAAGGAAAUACGGGAUAAGGAGAGAGCCAAAGCGGAGCUAAAGAAGCUGGAGGCGGAGGCUGAACUAGAAAAGCUGCAGAGGGCAGCAGAUACUACUAAGCAGGCCAAAAAAGAAGCCGAGGAUGAGCUCAAAGACCUCUUGAAGCAGAUCGACCUUGAGCGAGAGGCGAUAAAGGCGGAAAAGCGUCUCGAGUGGGCUUCUCUCCUUGAAAGUGCAGAGAAAGAACAAGAAAGGCUGUCAAAAGAGAGAGCCGAGCUGCAAGGCAAGAAGAAGUCAACAUUCGGGAAUGUUGCUCUUGAGCUGGAGAAGUAUAACGAAUGGUUCAAUAUAGCGAAAGCGAAAUUGGCAGGACUUCUAGCGGACUCGAACGAUAGGAAGAAGAACUUGCCAAAUCUGGGAAUACUUGCAAGAGUUAAAGAACUCAUCUAUAUCAAUACGAUCGACGCAGCAGCCACCUUUCUCACUAACAGACUUGAAGAGGGCGCGGGUGUUCUCCAGGACUACAGAGACACCCUCAAUCGGCCGGAAUUUCGCGACAUAGAAAUUCAGAUCCAGGAAAAAGACGCAGCGCUCCAGAAAGCAACCGAAAUGGUGGACAGGCUUGCUAAGCAGGGCCUUGAAGGUUUCAUCGAGGCAGCACUGGAGGAUAAAGACAAGUUUUUGAAAGCCAGGAAAGCUGAGCUCGAUGCCAUGCAAGAUGGAAACUCGCGAUGGAUGCAGGCCAUUCGUGAGGCACAGGCCAAACUUGAUGCUGGGCGACCUGAUCUGGAUCGCGUCAUCGACGAGGAGCAAGAGAAGAUCAACCAAGCUAGAGACAGCAUGCAGCUCCGCCAGCUACAGCAAGAGCUACAAUCAGCCGAGGAUGAAGAGAGGCGUAAGCGAGAGCAACAUGAAGCCAUCAGUACGGGUUUGCGCAUGAUUCAAAACGAGAUCGAUAGGGGUUCUGAGUCGGUACGACAACUGGUGCAAAGCGUCAAGCCGGUCAAUUUCAAGAUCAAAGGAGUGACGAUUACGGCAGACGGUAAGGAGAUAGCCCAGGGGCGUGCUAUGAGUUUCAAGACUACCGUUGAGCAUGAGGGCAAGAUUAUCAUACUGGAGGAAACGUGGGCGCCUUUCCAGAAGCCAGCUGAACUAUAUCGGGAUAUCAUGAAGGGGCUGCUUAAGAACUGA